UCCAAUCCAACAAGCCUGGGGAGCACUGCAUUCUUGAAUCCUGCAUUUUCUCUCAAAAUGAUGGUGUGGGCACUUCUGUUCCUCUCGCUCAUCCAGUGUUCCAUCCAAAAGGGAGAUGAUGAUUACGAAGAUUACACUUCAAAUAAGACUUGGGUUUUGACUCCCAAAGUCCAUGAGAGUGAUGUCACUCUUAUUUUAAAUGGCUUGCUGGAAGGAUAUGACAACAAAUUGAGACCUGACAUAGGAGUUAAACCAACAAUAAUUCAUACUGACAUGUACGUAAAUAGCAUUGGGCCUGUGAAUGCUAUCAAUAUGGAAUAUACAAUUGAUAUAUUUUUCGCCCAAACGUGGUAUGACAGACGUCUGAAGUUCAACAGCACCAUAAAAGUGCUCAGAUUAAACAGCAACAUGGUUGGGAAGAUCUGGAUACCAGAUACGUUUUUCCGAAAUUCCAAGAAAGCUGAUGCUCAUUGGAUAACAACUCCUAACAGGAUGCUCAGGAUCUGGAAUGAUGGCAGAGUGUUAUACACUUUGAGGCUGACAAUUGAUGCUGAGUGUCAGCUACAGCUACACAACUUCCCAAUGGAUGUCCAUUCAUGCCCCUUGGAAUUUUCAAGCUAUGGCUACCCAAGAGAAGAGAUCAUUUACCAAUGGAAGCGCAGCUCAGUGGAGGUAGGGGACACCAGGUCCUGGAGACUUUACCAGUUCGCCUUUACAGGAUUAAGAAAUACAACUGAGGUGGUGAAGACUACUUCAGGAGACUACGUAGUCAUGUCUGUUUACUUUAACCUGAGCAGGAGAAUGGGUUAUUUCACUAUUCAGACCUACAUUCCCUGCACACUUAUUGUUGUGUUGUCCUGGGUUUCUUUCUGGAUUAACAAGGAUGCAGUCCCAGCCAGAACAUCAUUGGGUAUUACAACUGUCCUGACAAUGACCACCCUAAGCACAAUUGCUCGUAAAUCUCUUCCCAAAGUCUCCUAUGUGACAGCAAUGGAUCUUUUUGUGUCAGUCUGCUUUAUUUUUGUUUUCUCUGCACUGGUGGAAUAUGGAACUUUGCACUACUUUGUCAGCAACAGAAAGCCAAGCAAGGAUAAAGACAAAAAGAAGAAAAAUCCACUUCUUCGGAUGUUUUCCUUCAAGGCACCUACAAUUGACAUCCGACCUCGAUCAGCUACUAUUCAAAUGAACAAUGCUACACACCUCCAAGAAAGGGAUGAAGAAUAUGGGUAUGAGUGUCUUGAUGGCAAGGACUGUGCCAGUUUUUUUUGCUGCUUUGAGGAUUGUCGAACGGGAGCAUGGAGGCAUGGAAGAAUACAUAUCCGCAUUGCCAAAAUGGACUCCUAUGCCCGCAUCUUCUUCCCAACUGCCUUCUGUUUGUUUAACCUGGUGUAUUGGGUAUCAUAUCUUUACCUUUAA